CUUCAACAUUCCACUCUCACUCUUUCACUCAUUCUCUCUUUCUCUCUCUCAUCACUCAGAAACGGACAGGAAUCUUUCAAUUUCACAAGCUCACGGCGAUUUUUGGUUUUUCUUAACGUCACAUCCACCGAUUCAUCCACAUUUUCUGAUUCCUGGAUCUUGGAUCGGUUUGCAGGUGUUGUCUUCCUUGCGGCAGCUCUUUGUUACAGAUUACAUUAUGUUCAAGAAAACCAUUCCAGUCUUUGAGAUCUCAGAUGGUUUGUUGUAAUCGUACUAUGCUCGACUGGUGCCACCAUGGCCUUCUAUACGGUAAAAUGGCAAUGGCUACUGAUUCUUCACAUUGUGCCGCUUUUCAUGAUAAUGAGCAGAAGCAGUGGUACCAGUUCUGAUGGUGAGGCACUUUUGAGCUUCAGAGCAGCAAUUCUUGAUUCUGAUGGCGUUCUUCUUCAAUGGAAGCCAGAAGAAUCCCAUCCUUGUAAAUGGAGAGGAGUAACGUGUGAUCCAAAAACUAAGAGAGUGAUAUAUCUGAGUCUUCCUCAUCACAAACUUAGUGGAUCUUUAUCCCCUGAACUUGGAAAACUUGACCACUUAAAAAUUUUAGCACUUCAUGACAAUAACUUUUAUGGGACAAUUCCAUCAGAAUUAGGCAAUUGCUCACAGUUGCAGGGAGUGUUUCUGCAGGGUAAUUACUUUAGUGGGUUCAUUCCCAAUGAAUUGGGCAAUCUUUCGGCACUUAAAAAUUUAGAUAUUUCAAGUAACUCGCUCGGUGGAAAUAUUCCCAUCUCGCUUGGGAACUUGAGCAAGCUUACUACCCUAAAUAUGUCUGCCAAUUUUCUGGUUGGAUCAAUACCGAAUGUUGGAGUGCUAAUCAACUUCUCGGAAAGCUCAUUUCUUGGAAACCGUGGCUUGUGCGGGAAGCAAAUAAAUGUUAUGUGCAAAGAUGACAAAGAGACACCUGGAACAAAUGAUUCACCAUUCUCAGUGCAAAAUCAAUUUGUAAGGAAGAAGUACUCUGGCCGACUACUUAUAAGUGCUUCGGCAACUGUGGGUGCUUUACUGCUGGUUGCCCUAAUGUGUUUCUGGGGUUGUUUUCUGUAUAAAAAGUUCGGAAAAAAUGACAGUAAAGGUCUAGUGCUGGACGUUUGUGGAGGUGCUUCGGGUGUAAUGUUUCACGGAGACUUGCCAUACUCAUCUAAAGAUAUUAUUAAGAAAUUUGAGACACUGAAUGAAGAACACAUAAUAGGAUGUGGGGGCUUUGGAACCGUAUACAAGCUUGCAAUGGAUGAUGGCAAUGUUUUUGCCUUGAAAAGAAUCAUGAAAUUGAAUGAAGGCUUUGAUCGUUUCUUUGAGAGAGAGCUCGAAAUACUUGGAAGCAUGAAGCACAGGUUCCUUGUGAAUUUGCGAGGAUAUUGCAAUUCUCCUACAUCAAAGCUGUUAAUUUAUGAUUUCCUUCCUGGAGGCAGCCUUGAUGAGGCACUACACGGUGUCCGUACUGAAGUAUCUGAGCAACUAGACUGGGAUGCACGCUUAAAUAUUAUCAUGGGAGCUGCAAAGGGACUUGCAUAUUUGCAUCAUGAUUGCUCACCACGGAUCAUUCACCGAGACAUAAAAUCAAGCAACAUUUUACUUGAUGCUAAUUUGGAGGCUAGAGUUUCUGAUUUUGGACUUGCGAAGCUUUUAGCGGAUGAAGAAUCACAUAUUACAACUAUUGUUGCAGGAACAUUUGGUUAUCUGGCUCCUGAGUACAUGCAAAGUGGUAGAGCUACUGAAAAGACUGAUGUGUACAGUUUUGGGGUAUUGGUACUUGAAGUAUUGAGUGGCAAACGUCCCACCGAUGCAUCAUUCAUUGAAAAGGGGCUAAACAUCGUUGGUUGGUUAAACUUUCUAGUUACAGAGAGCCGACAACGAGAAAUCAUUGAUGUACAGUGCGAGGGAAUGCGAACAGAAAGCCUCGACGCAUUAGUUGCGGUCGCGAUCCAAUGCGUUUCGUCGAGUCCAGAAGAACGCCCCACCAUGCACAGGGUGGUCCAGAUAUUGGAGUCUGAGGUUAUGACUCCAUGCCCAAGUGAUUUCUAUGAUACAGAUUAAUAAGCUGUUGUAUAAGUAGAAGAGAAGACAGGCAUGGCAGCCAAUGGAAGGGCGCAUAUAACGUUCAAAGAAGCUGUUGAAUCAGAGCCAAAAAGGAUUCAAGGUUCGCUCCUCUAUUUGAUUCUCUUCUCUAGUUCUUUCUGAAAAUUCAUCAUUUAUCACCCAAUCUGCUGCUCUGCUUGCUUUUGUGAUUGAGCUUUAAUGGAGUUCAUCAGUAACCGUUUCAAAGAGGAUUCAAAACACUCCCAUUUGCUGUUUCUCUAACCAACUGCUUCCCAAUUUGCGUCGCUUGGUGCAUUGGAUCAAUGGAUCUCGUAUGUAAAUUAAAUUCCACGUCAGUUUUUUUUUUUUUUUUUUUCCUUUUUUAAUUUGCUUUCUUUGUAAUUUUUCUGUGGCUUUGGACUCUAAAUUAAGUGUACAUGAUUGGUUUUCAAUCAGUUUUGUAACAUUUUAUUUUCUGUAAGAAUUCCCGUACAAUACCCACAUUAGUAUUUUUGGUUUA